GAAUGCUUCAGUAUGUUUGCCUAGCCUUCUCCAACAAUGCAGCUUACUGUAAAAUUGAUCGUGCACAUAGGGAGAUCUUGCUAGCUACGCGUACAUGGUUACAUUCAAGACCGAGCAUGCCAUUUUGUUAUCAACUUGCAUAACGCGACAUAUAUUUUUGAAGCCUUUUGAAGGUUUUAUUUGGAGACAUUUUGGAGCUUCAUACCGGUUUCAGGUCUUGUUAUUCAACGUUGGAGGAGAAUUUGGAGGCCUUUCGCUAUUCGACAGACCCAACUGGGCACAACCGGCCCAUGAUGCCACUCUGCAGGACUGUGACCAGCCAUGCCCUCCUCCCCAGCAUUUCCCAGAAGGGGCUCCCCUCCCCCAACACUUUGCGCACAUAGGUCAGAAAUAAAAAUACACCAUACAAGAGGAACGAUGGCAAGGAUUUGACUAUGGCACACCAGCAAGACAAAGAUGAAGUCCCCCUACAUCUGAUACCAAAAGGAAAACCAAGAUCAAGUAGAUCCACUCAGAUGACAUAUUCUAAGGACAAAACAAGUCGAUUUAACAAUUAUGUUGGUUUAGCGGCCACACUAUUUCACCGUGUUGACGAGGUUGCACCAUGGCUGCUGAUCCCUGUGGACUACUAGAGACUCCGGCACAGCGCUGAGCUAAGCCCAGUGAUAACAGUGAUAGCUAACCAAUGAUGCAGCGUAACGGUGGCGGGGUGGGGGCCGGCGGCCAGCCGUGGCUGCUGCGGCGCGUGCGCCUCACCUGGCUCAGCUUCAUGCUCUUCUUCAUCCUGGUUUUCUUCCCACUCAUCGCCCACUACUACCUCACCACCAUCGACGAGGCGGGUGGCCCCGACAAGCGCAUCUUCGGCCCGCGGCCCGGCGGCGAACUGUGCGAAGCCAAGCACGUGCAGGACCUGUGCCGCAUCCGUGAGUCAGUCAGCGAGGAGCUGCUGCAGCUGGAGGCCAAGCGGCAGGAGCUGAACGGGGAGAUCUCCCGGCUCAACCUGCGCAUAGAGGCGUGCAAGCGGAGCAUCGACAGCGCCAAGCAGGACCUGCUGCAGCUCAAGAAUGUCAUCAGCCAGACGGAGCACUCAUACAAGGAGCUGAUGGCCCAGAACCAGCCCAAGCUCUCUUUGCCCGUGAGGUUAUUACCCGACAAGGACGACCCGGGCCUGCCUCCGCCUAAGUCUGCCCGUGCCUGCCGCCUGCGCUCCUGCUUUGACUACGCCCGCUGCCCGUUGACCUCUGGCUUCCCUGUGUACGUCUAUGACCCGGCAUCCUACCCCUGGGGUGAGUCCCUGGACCCGUUAGUCAAGCAGGCCUUCGCCGCCUCGGUAAAGAGCAGCGUCUACGUGACGGACAACCCCAGCAUCGCUUGUCUGUAUGUGGUGCUGGUUGGGGAGCUGCAGGAGACUCCCUCCUCCCCCCUCCCGGCUCCCUCUGAGCUGGAGAAGCAGCUGAAAGCUCUGCCCUACUGGAGGUCCGACGGACACAACCACCUCCUGGUCCAUCUUUCCAGGAAAUCCAUGACGCAGAACUUCCUGUACAAUGUGAGCACGGGCCGAGCGGCGAUGGCCCAGUCCACCUUCCUGGAGCAGCAGUACCGUGAGGGCUUCGACUUGGUGGUGUCCCCGCUGGUCCAUGCCCUCUCUGAGCCCAACUUCCUUGAGGUGCCACCCCAGGUGCCUGUCAAGAGGAAGUACCUGUUCACCUUUCAGGGCGAGAGGGUGGAGUCUCUGAAAAGCAGCCUGCAGGAGGGGCCGCCUCAGUCCUUUGAGGAGGAGAUGGAGGGAGACGCGCCAGCCGACUACGACGACCGCAUCAUCGGCACGCUCAAGGCGGUGCAGGACAGCCACCUGGACAAGGUGCUGGUGGAGUUCACCUGUAAGACCCCGCGGCCUAGCCUGCCUACCGAGUGGGCUCUGUGUGGAGAGAGGGAGGAGCGGCUGGAGGUCCUCAAGGCCUCCACCUUCGCCCUGGUCAUCUCCCCCGGGGACUGUCAGCUGGUGGCCUCGGCAGGCAGCAGCAUGCGGCUGUUUGAGGCCCUAGAGGUGGGGGCCAUCCCUGUGGUGCUUGGGGACCACGCCAGGCUGCCCUACCAUGAGCUGAUCCGCUGGAGCGAGGCAGCCAUCAUGGUGCCCAAGCCCCGCAUCACUGAGCUGCACUUCCUGCUGCGCAGCCUAUCGGACAACGACCUGCUGGCCAUGCGACGGCAGGGCCGCUUCCUGUGGGAGACAUACUUCUCCACCUCAGAGAAUGUACUGGGCACCAUCCUGGCCAGUGUUCGGACCAGCAUCCAGGUGCCCGCCGCACCUAUCCGCGAGGAGCCCGCCCAGGAGAUCCCACACAAGGCAGGCAAGAUGGCCGGCACAGACGCCAACCUGGCCGACAAUGGCGACCUGGACCUGGGCCCUGUGGAGACGGAGCCACCGUACGCCUCGCCGCGCUUCCUCCGCAACUUUACCUACACGUCAACCAACACCUACCAGACCUGGAACCGUGCCCCGGGGCCUUUCCACCUGUUCCCCCACACGCCGCUGGACCCCGUGCUGCCCUCGGAGGCCAAGUUCCUGGGCUCGGGCACGGGCUUCCGCCCCAUUGGCGGCGGUGCGGGGGGCUCGGGGAAGGAGUUUCAGGCAGCGCUGGGUGGUAACGUGCCCCGGGAGCAGUUCACGGUGGUCAUGCUGACCUAUGAGAGGGAGGAGGUGCUGAUGAACUCCCUGGAGAGGCUCAACGGGCUGCCCUACCUCAACAAGGUGGUGGUGGUGUGGAACUCCCCUAAGCCUCCUUCAGACGACCUGCUGUGGCCAGACAUCGGCCUGCCCAUCGUGGUGGUGCGCACGGAGAAGAACAGCCUCAACAACCGCUUCCUGCCCUGGGACGCCGUGGAGACGGAGGCCAUCUUGUCCAUCGAUGACGACGCCCACCUCCGCCACGACGAGAUUAUGUUUGGGUUCAGGGUGUGGCGGGAAGCCAGGGACCGCAUCGUGGGCUUCCCCGGGAGAUUCCAUGCCUGGGAUGUCAACCACCAAUCAUGGCUCUACAACUCCAACUACUCCUGUGAACUCUCCAUGGUGCUGACGGGCGCCGCCUUCUUUCACAAGUACUAUGCGUACCUGUACUCGUAUGUGAUGCCCCAGGCCAUCCGCGACAUGGUGGAUGAGUACAUCAACUGCGAGGAUAUCGCCAUGAACUUCCUGGUGUCGCACAUCACACGAAAGCCCCCUAUCAAGGUGACGUCUCGUUGGACCUUCCGCUGCCCCGGCUGCCCGCAGGCCCUGUCGCACGACGACUCUCACUUCCACGAGCGCCACAAGUGCAUCAACUUCUUUGUCAAGGUGUACGGCUACAUGCCCUUACUCUACACACAGUUCCGCGUGGACUCUGUGCUCUUCAAGACGCGUCUGCCCCACGACAAGACUAAGUGCUUCAAGUUCAUCUAGCCCAGGGCUAGGCCCAGCUAAGAAUGUUGGGCAGAACGGAGCGAGAGAGUGAGGAACUCAGGCAGGACGGAAGAAAGGAGGGAGAAGAGAGGGCUGGUUCUGAGAUGGAUGGAGGUUUGGGGGUGAGGGCCUACACCCAAGAAUUGGAUCUAGAAUGUACAAUAAGAACCCUCUCCAGUUAAUUGGCUGAACCCUCUCAGACCCGCCCCUCACACCUUUACUGGAACCACUGAUAGGCUGGAAGCAGAGAAGGACCGCUGCCAAUCAAGAAGCCUUUUCAUUUUUAUUUUUUUUUCCCUCAUGUUGUCCAUGUGUGUUUUAUCAGCAACCACUACAGAGAAAACAUUUUGCCCCACCUUUUAUGGGCCUACAAAGGAGAGAAAGAGGAUAGAGAUGUGGUAACACUGCCUACCCAAGGACUUAACUUGACUCUCAGAGCCAAACUCAAACUGACAAUGUAAACGGACUGGUUUUAAACUGACACAGGGAGAGAGAGACAGUGGACUGUUGUAGUGGGCCCUGAGCUCCUGAAUCGCUAGCUAAACAUUUCACCUUUUGGGAGAGAAACAAAGGGGCAGAGGUAUAUACGGUUUGUCCAUUGCACUCAUUUCUUGUUUUGUUGUUUUUUUAUUCAUUUUACAUUUAUAUACUCUACUCUUGUAUAUGAAACCGCGAGAGAAGCACUGAUGGUCGCAGAAGUAUUUUAUUCGCUGAUCUUGUUUUUUUUAAACGUGGUGUUUUAAUUUUGUAAAUCUCAAUCUCGACGUGGGAUGAUCUUGGCGUUGGCAGACCCAUAGAAUUAGAAUUACUAGAAUGGGCAAAGCCCCUCAGAACAUGGCAUUCUCACAGUAGAUUAUAUUUCUAUGGGCAGACCUAAGCUAACCCCAGACAGUGUCCUGUUUGUCACUCUGCCUCUCAAUGACUACAGAUGGAGACUAAAGAACAGGACCAUUAGGCCACAAGUUCUAUAUGUUUACCAGAUAAAUCUAGCAAAUAUUCAUAGGAAAAUUAAUUUAUGGGAAAGGAAUUAUCUAACAGGUUUGUUAAGCCUACAGCAGACUACAAAGGCUUUACAUUGGACCUAAACACCUAGUAGGCCUACUUGUUUUCAUAAUAGUUGUCACCAGCUGUCAUUGAGCAUUUACAUGGCUUUUUGUGACUUUUUGGAUGUUGGUGGUAUUAGGCUACCUAUCAAUGGUUGAUGUUAAAUGACUGAGUAGUCUUUCCUAUGUAGUCCUAAUGAUGUGUUCAGUAAUGGAGUAGGGUGAAUUUGCCCCUAGAUUCUGAUCUAGGUUCAGUUUUGCAUUUCCCCCACUAAUAGUUAAAGGCCCAGUGCAGUCCAAAAUGUGCAUUUUCUGUGUUU